AUGCCUACCGCAGUCCGGACGUCCUCGGGCGCAGGCGUCAUCAACCUGGCCGCCUCCCGCCCGGACGCCCAACCAAAGUCUACCGCGCCGCGCCCGCAAACAGAGAAUGGCAUCCCCCGCCGCAACUCGACUAGCAGUCACAAGCGACCCUCCAGCGCCCCCGGCGACGAGAAUAACAAGCCGAAUGGCGCGCACAGCGCCGACCUCCCGGCAGAAAGGCCGAGGAAGCCGCCACUGAUGCGCUCCAAGAGCGACCAUCCGUCGAGGGGCUUACACAUAGAUACCAGCACCGACUCCUCCAAUGACGAACAGACGAUAGCAGCUGCCGAGGACUUUGGCACCCGGCACGGCUUCGACGGACACUAUCAAAGCGAGGACAUAAUAUCCCAGCUUGCCAAUGGCUGGUACAUGUAUUUCACAGACAAGAGGCACGAGACGACGGGGAAGCCAAAGGCAGAACCAUUUAAUAUCCAAGACUGGCGAAUGAGAGACCGCCUGAAGACAGUCUCUGCAGCACUUGCUGUGUGCCUCAACAUCGGCGUCGAACCCCCAGAUCAGUUGAAGACUAAUCCAGGCGCAAAGUUGGAGGCCUGGCAGGAUCCGACGGUUCCACCGGUCCAAAAAGCACUCGAGAAUAUCGGCAAGACAUUACAGGGACAGUACGAGACACUCGCCAUCAGGACAAGAUAUAAGCAGUACUUGGAUCCGUCGGUCGAGGAGACCAAGAAGUUCUGUGUCUCUCUCCGUCGAAAUGCGAAGGACGAGCGAGUCUUGCUCCACUACAAUGGCCAUGGUGUGCCAAAGCCGACGGCAUCGGGUGAGAUAUGGGUUUUCAACAAGAAUUACACCCAGUAUAUCCCAGUGUCAUUGUACGACCUCCAGCAGUGGCUCUCGGCGCCUACGAUAUUCGUCUGGGACUGCUCCGAGGCUGGCAAUAUCUUGAGCAACUACCACCGGUUCGUCGAGAAACAUGAACAGGAACAGGAUGAGCUGGCCGCGCGCGAUUCGAAUUACGAAAAGGCGAACUUCAAGCCUUACAUCCACUUGGCAGCGUGCGCAGUCAAGGAGAACCUGCCAACAAACCCACAGCUUCCAGCAGACCUGUUCACCUCCUGUUUGACCACGCCAAUAGAGAUGGCGCUGUGGUUCUUUGCCCUCCAGAACCCGCUCAACAAGGAUCUGACACCUGAACGAGCCAAGAAGCUCCCGGGCCGUCUUCAAGAGAGACGUACUCCGCUGGGCGAGCUUAAUUGGAUCUUCACGGCCAUCACAGACACGAUUGCCUGGACGGUGCUUCCGCGACAUCUCUUCAGGAAGUUCUUCAGGCAAGACCUCAUGGUCGCUGCUUUGUUCCGUAACUUCCUUCUGGCACAGAGGAUCAUGUCCGUGUACGGCUGCCAUCCUGAAUCAUACCCGAAGCUGCCAGAUACACACAACCACCCCCUGUGGGAUAGUUGGGACUUGGCUGUGGAUAUGGCACUUUCUCAGCUACCGGCCUUGGAGAGGAAGGAGACUGAAGGCAUCGAAUACGAGUAUCAGAGCUCGACUUUCUUCACCGAUCAGUUGUCAGCCUUCGAUGUGUACCUCACAAGAGGUGAUGCGAUGCUACAGAAGCCCCCGGAGCAGCUCCCAGUUGUUCUUCAAGUACUACUGAGCCAGCAGCACAGGGUCAGGGCGCUGAUCUUACUAGGGAGAUUCUUGGAUCUCGGUCCUUGGGCAGUUCAACUCUCACUCAGCAUCGGCAUUUUCCCAUACGUGCUCAAGCUGCUCCAGUCGACUCACGCGGAGCUCAAGCCGGUCAUGGUCUACAUCUGGACUCGCGUGCUUGCUGUUGAUAUUACAUGUCAACAAGAUUUGAUCAAAGACAGCGGCUAUAACUACUUCGCUCAGAUAUUGAAACCGUCAGAGGUGCUUGUAGUAACCAACAGCGAUGAGCACAAGGCUAUGUGUGCAUUCAUUCUUGCUAUGCUCUGCAAGGACUACAAGCCCGGCCAAGUCGUAUGCAAUCAAACGGACAUCAUGUCGUACUGUCUGCACUAUCUACAGAACGAGGACAACCCGCUGUUGCGACAGUGGUCAUGUCUGUGUCUCAGCCAACUCUGGCUGAAGAUGCCUGAGGCGAAGUGGCGGGGAAUCAGGGAGGGUGCGCCCACGAAGCUUUCUGCUUUGACCAAGGAUCAGUGCUGCGAAGUUCGAGCGGCUAUGCUUGUUGCGAUGACAACUUUCAUUGGUAUCCCAGACUUGACGGCAGAAGUGCAAAGGAUAGAAGAAGCGAUUACAUGGACGCUGUUAGACAUGACCAACGAUGGUAGUCCGAUGGUUCGACGAGAACUGCUGGUCUUUCUGUCUCACUUUGUCCUCCGGUACGAGAGCAAGUUCGUCGUCGCGGCCUACGAACAUCUCUUGGAGGAAAAGGAGUACCUGCUUUACCCGCCUAGAGAUGAUGUUUUCGACCGGCAGAACAUGCUGCUGCACUACGCACGGCCCGCAAAUCGCGACAAAGAUGGUUCCAUCAAGCCCCAGGCGGAGGGGUUUUCUAAUAACACUGUCAUCGCGGCCGCCUGGAAACACAUCAUGAUAAUGAGUGUGGAUCCUCAUCCCGAGGUUCAAAAGGAUGCGACCGCUGUCACAGACUACGUGCACAACACACUGCUCCACUCUGCCGUCGGUGCACAAGCGCAGAACCUCAUGGAAGAGAUACAACGUAGGACGAAGCGUACCUUCAUGAAGAACCAAGCCUCUCACCAGCGGACCAAUACGAACUUGUCAGUAGCCUCUGACACAUCAGUGCCGGCGUCUCCGGGUCUGUUGAAGAGAACCUUCAGCACGAUAUUUGGGCUUGGAGCCGGUGCGGACAAUCUCAACGCAUUGUCAACACCACCGCCCUCUCAGUCGGCUUCCAGAACAGGCUCACUGAGGAACAGGACGGGCCUUCCCGAUGCUCCUCCAGAGCAGAAUGAGCAGUCUCAGGCGCCUGCCAAUUAUCAUGUUGCUGAAGAACCCGUAUCCGCUGGAUUUGAAGAGCGGGACAUGAAGGAAAUCCCUUCGCUCCCAUUGCCGAGUGGUUUCCUAGAUUGGUCGAUCGAGUAUUUCAGGGAGCCGCAAAUGAAGCCUAACGAGGCCGAGGAACCUGGCAGUGUAGAGUAUAAUGCGCGGUUAUGGAGGCGAUCAAGGAACGAGAGCAUUCUCCGAGAAACGCAGCCUCAGAAAUCUCAUGCCGGGUCGCAUAAAUGGAACCAACAGCUGGCACUCAUCAACAAUGGCGCUCAACCAUCAAAGAUGACGUUCCACCAGUUUGAAGACCAUCUGGCCGUCGCAGACGAUGCCAAUACCGUCUAUGUCUGGGACUGGAAGCUGCAAAAGCGGAAGAGUAGGUUCUCGAAUGGCAAUCCGGAGGGAUCCAAGAUCAGCGACAUCAAGUUUAUCAAUGAGGACGACCAGGCGUUCCUGAUGACCGGAUCCUCAGAUGGUGUCAUUCGGAUGUACCGCAACUACGCUCCCUCUGAUGACGAAGCCCAUCUCAAGAACAAGAAGCCAGAGCUCGCCUCGUCCUGGCGAGCUCUGACGCACAUGGUCGCGAGCAACGUCAAUUCGGGCAUGGUAUUUGACUGGCUUCAAGUCAACGGUACGGUCUUGGUUGCAGGCGAUGUUCGUGUGAUACGGGUGUGGAACGCCAGCUCGGAGACGUGCAUCAUGGACAUUCCCGCGCGGUCUGGCAGCUGUGUCACCUCGUUGACGUCGGACCAGAUGACAGGGAACAUAUUUGUUGCCGGGUUCGGCGACGGUGCGGUGCGCGUGUUCGACCCGCGGCUGAAGCCACAAGAUGCAAUGGUGCGAAAGUGGAAAGACGAGCCUGACAGACAAUGGAUCCGCAGUGUGCACAUGCAGCGAGGCGGGCAGAGGGAGCUCGUCUCGGCAUCGAGGAACGGAAAGGUCCGGCUGUGGGAUAUUCGCAAGGACCAGCCCCUGAAGGUAUUCCAAACAACGAAGGAUGUGCUGAGGACGGCGAGUGUGCAUGAGCAUUUGCCGGUCUUUUGUGUUGGCACCUCGGCCCACAUAGUUAAGGUGUUCAACUUCCACGGCAAGGAGCUCUCGCGCUCAGAACCAUACUCGAGCUUCCUUGGACAGAACCGCGGCUCGCCCAUCUCUGCAACUGCCUUCCACCCACAUCGCAUGGUCAUGGGCGCCGCAGCGAGGGGGGACCAUCAUAUCAACGUUUUCAGCUGUACGAACGAGCCGGCAUUCGGCAACAAUCUCUAA